AUGAUUGAUUUCUGCCACAGCUAUACCUUGUUCAAGAUGUUUGAUGACUUAAUACUUCUAGCCAAAGGUGGUCUGACUGUGUACCAUGGAUCUGUAAAGAAAGUUGAAGAAUACUUUUCUGGCCUAGGAAUCACUGUGCCAGAACGUGUCAAUCCUCCAGACCACUUCAUUGACAUUCUUGAGGGGAUAGUGAAACCGGGCUCAGGCGUGACUGUUCAACAGCUCCCCGUCCGAUGGAUGCUUCAUAAUGGCUACCCUGUACCCCCAGAUAUGAUGCAGUAUUGCGAUCAAAUUGCAACAUCCUCAAAGGGUGUAAAUCCAAGUUUUACUGCAGCUACUGAACAAUCUUUUGUUGGAGAAGAGCCUAAGCUAGAUCAUAGGCAGCAUAGUUUCUUAAAAUCCCAUGACUUAUCCGAUCGAGUCACUGCUGGUGUACUUCGACAAUAUAGAUAUUUCCUUGGGAGGGUUGGCAAGCAGCGACUGCGAGAAGCUAAAGUACAAGCAGCAGAUUAUCUGAUCCUUUUGCUUGCAGGAGCAUGCUUAGGGACUCUUUCUAAAGUGAACGACGACCCAUUUGGGGCUACUGCACUUCUAUGCAAGAUUGCAGCUUUGAGAUCGUUUUCAUUGGACAAACUACAUCACUGGAGAGAAAGUUCAAGUGGCAUGAGUAGUCUUGCUUAUUUUCUCUCCAAAGAUACAAUAGACCAUUUCAAUACAAUCGUCAAGCCUUUGGUUUAUCUUUUCAUGUUCUAUUUCCUCACCAAUCCUAGAUCAACCUUCAUGGACAACUACAUUGUUUUGCUCUGCCUCAUAUACUGCGUAACGGGCAUAGCCUAUGUAUUUGCCAUCUUCCUCGAACCUAGUCCAGCACAACUGUGGUGUGUUCUUCUUCCCGUUGUUUUGACUCUCGUCGCAAAUCAGGACAAAGAGGAUAAAGUUCGGAAGCUUUUGGGAAAUUAUUGCUACCCAAAGUGGGCUUUGGAAGCUUUGUCAUUGCAAAUGCUGAAAGGUAUAAUAUACCCUGGAGUGUGGUUGAUAACACGCUGUGGUGCGUUAAUGGAAUCUGGCUACAGCGUUCACGAUUGGACUCGUUGUCUAGUUUCACUGAUACUGACGGGUAUAGGUAGUCGUUUUGUAGCUUUCUUUUGUUUGGUGACUUUUGGCAAGAAGUGA